GUCGUCCGAGGGGCAGCAGAAAAAAAAAGGUCAGUCGGUCUGCGCCCGCCUGAGCCUCUUUUUCUUUCUCACUUCACGAACUCUCACGAACUCUUCACAACCGUUAUCGACUUCUUACACUCGACUUCGCUAUACCGACAGUACCUCUACCUCCCACAAACAUCAUCAAAAUGGGUAACGGCGCAAAGGCUCAGCAGAAGCGUGAUCGCAACGCCAAGGACGCGAAGCCCAAGGGCUCUCAGCUCAAGGUGAACGCCGCCGCCAAGGACAUCCAGUGCCAGAUCUGCAAGUCCACCUUCCUGAAGACCACCAAGGCUCCCGCUCUCACCGAGCACGCCGAGAACAAGCACAGCAAGGGCCUCGCUGACUGCUUCCCCGCCUUCGUUGCCGCAUAAUUUUGAAAGAGAGAAGAGACACCGAGAGUGAGAGGAGUCAUGAACAGGACGGAGUUGUGAGGAGUUCUAGGGACGAGCAUGGCGGUACGGCGUGAUGUUGAAGAAAUGAUGGGCGGAGUCGGUCAAGAUUUGGCCCGGGGCAUGCAGCGAAAAGGCGUAAUUUGAAAUCUUGCCCUCUUUAUUUUCGGAAAAUCAAAGAAAAAAAUACGAUCAAACGAGUACA